AAUAAUAAAAGAAAAAGACAUCAUCUUAUACUGGUAUUGCGUUAGCAUAUUUUUUUUUAUUUACAUUUUGCAGUUUAAAAUAACAUAAUUAUCGACAUGGUAAGAUGAUUAUCAAUAUUCUUUUAAAUUUAUAUCUUAUAUCUACAAAAUGGUUAUAUAACACCUCUUUGAUAAAUAGCAGAGACGAAUGAUAGAUAAUACAGAUUGAAAAUAGCUGUGCAACUACAUACUGUUAAACGUAUCAAUUAAAAGUUUGUUGAGGUUAAUCAUUUAAAAAAAUGGCUGAAAUUCCUUCCAUAACACUUGCAAAUGGAUAUAAAAUGCCGAUGUUUGCUUUAGGAACUUAUUUGUCUCAACCGGGAGAAGUGGAAAAAGCUGUUAUGGAUGCUAUUGACCUUGGAUACCGUCACAUUGAUACAGCUUUCUUUUAUGAAAAUGAAAAAGAAAUUGGUGCUGCGAUACAAGCAAAAAUCAAUGAUAAAACUGUAACAAGAGAAGAGCUUUUUAUUACUACGAAGUUAUGGAAUAAUCGUCACAAGAAAGAGAGUGUAGUUGUAACUUGUAAACAAUCUUUAGAAAAUCUUGGAUUGACUUACAUUGAUUUAUAUUUAAUUCAUUGGCCAUUUGCUUAUCAAGAAGGAGACGUAUUAAUACCUAAAGACAAGGAUGGUAAACUUUUAUUAUCAGAUACCGAUUAUCUUGAGACAUGGAGCGGUAUGGAAGAAUGCGUUCAACAAGGAUUAACUCGUAGUAUUGGAGUCAGUAAUUUUAAUUCUGAACAAAUAACUCGAUUGGUAAAAUCCGCUAAAUUUAUUCCUGUAAAUAAUCAAGUCGAAGUUAGCGUAAAUCUUAAUCAAGAAAAUUUAAUUAAUUUUUGCAAAAAGUAUAAUAUCGUAGUGAGUGGUUAUUCGCCUCUUGGAAGACCUGGAAAUAGAUUAGGUAUUAAAAAUUCUUUGGAUAAUCCAGUAAUUAUUAAUAUAGCUGAAAAAUAUAAAAAAACAUCAGCACAAAUAGCGCUUCGAUAUGUUUAUCAACAAGGUGCAGCAGUAAUUGCUAAAUCGGUAACUAAAAGUAGAAUUAAAGAAAACAUGGAAAUAUUUGAUUUUGAAUUAACAAAGGAUGAAAUGACUGCUAUAAAAGCGAUUGGUACUGGUGAAAGAGUAGCACCAUCAGCAGAAAGAAAAAUGGUUUUAAACGUACCAAAUGUUAAAUUUUACAACGGUAAUACUAUUCCUCAAUUUGGACUGGGUACAUGGAAGUCAAAACCCGGAGAAGUUACUCAAGCUGUAAAAGAUGCUAUAGAUGCUGGUUAUCGGCACAUUGAUUGUGCCCACGUCUACGGUAAUGAGAAAGAAGUUGGAGAAGCUAUCAAAACCAAGAUUGAUGAAGGAGUUGUCACUAGAAAAGAUUUAUUCAUUACCAGUAAACUUUGGAAUACUUACCACAAAACUGAUUUAGUUGAGCCUGCGCUUAAAACUACGUUGAGCAAUCUUGGUCUGGAGUACUUAGAUCUUUAUUUAAUUCAUUGGCCUAUCGCUUACAAAGAAGGGGAUGACUUAUUUCCAAAAAAAUCUGAUGGUACUCCUGACUUUAGCGAAGCUGAUUAUAUUGAUACAUGGAAGGGUAUGGAAGGUGUAUUAAAAAAAGGAUUAACUAAGAACAUCGGUGUCAGUAACUUUAAUUCGGAACAGAUUACUAGAUUACUUAGUAACUGUACUGUUAAACCGGUAACCAAUCAAAUCGAAUGUCAUCCGUAUUUAAAUCAAAGAAAAUUGUCUGAUUUCUGUAAAGAAAAAGAAAUUGUCAUUACAGCUUAUAGUCCUUUGGGGUCGCCGGAUAGACCAUGGGCCAAGCCAGAUGAUCCUAAAUUAUUGGAUGAUGCUAAGUUAAAUGAACUUGCAAAGAAAUAUAAGAAGACAGCAGCACAAAUUCUUUUACGCUAUCAAUUGGAUCGUGGACAUGUAGUUAUUCCAAAAUCCGUAACCAAAUCACGUAUCAUCGAAAAUAGUAAUAUUUUUGAUUUUAAACUUACGCCCGAGGAUAUUGCCUACAUCGAUACUUUUGAUUGCAAUGGAAGAAUCUGCCCGAUGACGGGAUCCGAGGCUAGUCCUUAUUACCCAUUCGCCAUACCUUUUUAAAUAAUGCUGCAAAUUAAACGAGAUUUGUUUCAGUCGUAGUUCAAACGACUAGAUAAAACUUUAUCUAAAAGAUAUAUAUAAUUCAAAUUAUUUUCUUAGUUACAUCCACGCAUAAAUGUUCGUAUUUUUCUACGCAUGUAUUUUUCGAUAAUUAUAAAAAAUAAAUUUUCAUGAAAUAAAUAUCUCGCAUCACGGGUGAAAUGUUCCGGUAGUAUAAUCCAAUUUGAUAUUACUCGUAUUGAUAAUAUUACAAUGUUAUUUGAUAAUAUUGAACUGUUAAACCAAAAGUAUUGUUUAGAAAGAACAAUGUAAGUUUACUUUAUGAAACAAUGAUCGAUAUUCAAUUGCAACAACAAGAGGAAUUAUUCUCGUUGCUGUCUUCGCAACCGCAAGAACAACAUUCGCAGUAUUCGUCAUCGCUGUCACUGCUGCUUAUACAAUUACGCGACAACGAUUUUGCUACAGGUUGAUAUCCUUUAUCCAAUGGACAAGAUGGUACGACUCCACAUCUACAGGGUACACUGGAUAAUCCGAAUGCACAUUUACCUUUGCAAUUGCAUUUACAUUCAUUUUUAUUGCGUAUCAAAUUGCAUUUUUUGCACGACGAUGACGAUAUAUAAGAAUUAUUAGAUGUAACCUUGUAGUUGCAAGGUGCUGUUGGACAUACUAAAACAUACAUGAAAGACUUGUGAAUGUUCCGAGUAAUGUUAAGAAUGUUUUCUGAUUUUUUUCUCUUAACAAUUAGAAA